AUGUCGAAAAGAGAGAAUGACGAGCCGCCAGAUGUUGGAUAUUGCGAGGCUGUUAGGAUAGGAAGCGGAAUUGAAGCUGAAUUGACAAUAUUUUAUACGCCAAAAAAAGGUUCGUGUAGUUCGUGUCUUGCCCCUCAUGCUUCACACAAACUUGAAAAAGGGUAUCGAAUCGGUUCUUUGCUUCGCCAGAUUUUGAGGUUCAUAAUGGAUACUUGGCGGGGAAAGAAAGAAAAAUUUCAAACGGCAGACUGUUUUGGAAGCUCACAAUAGUCACUUCCAAAGGGGAUAUCAUCUAUGUCCGCCGCUACGACAAGGCAAACAGCGGUAAAGGUGAAUUUCUGUUAAUUGUUCUUACUGUAUUUAACGAACAAAGCUUAAGAACGUACAUUUCUUUGACAGAGUUUGUAAUAGCUUCGCCGGGAUACUGGCUACAACAAAACGAUGUCUACUUGACGUAAAAUGAGGUACGCCCAUUUAAAACGCCAUUCUCUUCACUACUAACUUAUUCAAUUAGAGGUAAUGUAGAGAGCGAAGCAAACUAAAGUUGACUCUCAUCUUAAAAGCCGCGGCGCAAUACGACAAUAUGAACCUCGUCAUUAAUAUUCGAGCGGGGAGCAAAGAUUGAAGACAAUAAGAUCCACAUUUGUGCGUUAUCAUCUGCUGAGCGACAAGCCUACUCACUUGUUUCCUGCACCUUAAACUCAACGUAGCUAAACAUCUCUCUUGUGAUUGCUGAGGACUGGCGACCUGACACAAGUAUAUUUCUUUCCUUCCUAUUGCAGCUUGGCUUUGGUAGAUUUGCUAUACUUGCACUACACCUCAAGGACAUAGACAAUGAAGCAGACGUAAUUGAAAACGAAAAAUCUUUUAUUUUUUCUUGUAGUGGGAUUUUAACAAUUAGCUUUACAAUGUGAGCAAUAAAAAAAUGUGAGUUAACCCGCGUCAAUCACUUUUCUCGUAAAAAAACAAAACAACUGAGCAUGAAGAUUGAUGCACGUGGUGCUUCAAUCUCAUCAUAAUAUGAUUUCUCCCACCUACAUUUCUAACAUAACAAAUAAGUCACCCCGACGGCAAGGCGCCUCUAAAAUUAGAAACUGACCACAGUUUGAGAACGAUAAUUAAUGCGAGACAGCAAUGCAUUCUUAUUGCUCCGGACAUUGACACACAUACCAGAAUUUCGUGAUACUAAAACUAUCAUUAGGAAAAAAAACCAUCAACAACAACCAAGGGAUUAGCCAAAAACGCAUUACGAAGUCAACACAACUAGGGUUAUACAAGCACUGUUUAGGCACAACAAUUUGAUAACUAAAAUUUUUCCAAAUUGUCAACAUGACAGAAUACGAUCCACCUGAACCUUUCAAUGCUUUCUAUGAGGUUGUAACAGUUGGAAGAAAGUGGCACUUGAUCCCAGACGUGAAAAUUUACUACAUCUCUGAAAGCCGCAGUGAGUGUACUAUGACAAUUUCCUAAAGCUCACGAAACGUUAUGUCAUAUGAUUUUUUCGAAUCCAAGUAAGUUAUCUUUUACUUUUCGCCUUUUUGCAAGAGUUUAAAGUCAGGGGCGGAUGUAAAGUGAAAGAUACCUCACAUGAAGACUAUCGACAGAUUAAGAUUGUCAUGGACGACCACGAGGACAAGGUUUUUGAACUCAGACGUCACAAACAAGGAGGUAAUUUAUGAACAUAGAUGUGCCUCAAAGGUCGCAAGCUUUUAAUUACAUACCUAAAACCUUUCGUUUUGAUCUUUCAUUUCAUAGAAUACAGAAUGAUAACAAACGGGUUUUGGGUCUCUAGAACAAAAAAACAUGCAGUUUAGGUGCGAGGUAGGUUCCGCUGAAUUAUAUUUAUGCUUUUUUGUUUGAAGUGAAAAAAUAUUAGGGCAGAAUUUUUCAUAUGCAUGAUUACACACUAUCGUUGAGUGCCAGUUAGAAACUCGAGUAAUAGUGCUGGUAUUUAUGUACUAGUAGUCAUGUACCUAUUAUUCGUAUCACAGGUCACUCUCCAGGUCUGGAGACAUUAACAGCAAGGUAGAUUUACGGCCAAACCCUUGUAGCAACAGAUGAAGCAACCAAGUUUUUGACUAAGCAUGUUACUUGAAAGUUUUCCGUGAAGUCAAUGUAAUAAACAUAUACUGUUUAUCUAUGUCUGCUCUUGUCACUACAAUGCUUUUUUUUUUCACUCAAUCUCCUAUUACAUUAAGAAAGCUGGGAUUCCAAAAAGCCUGUGGAGGAAGUGAUUGCCUUUAUUACGGUAUGAUGCGUGCCUAUCAAUGCAGCGAAGGUGGCUUAACAUGAUGUAAGUCAGAUUACCAGAACCAUGCCUGACACAAUGCAUCACAAGUGAGGCAUGACGUAUUCUGCGGUUUUUAGCGAAAACGCGUUUAAGUGGGUGGGAUAGCAGAUAUCACAGGCAUAUAAAGAGUUGAGAGCUGAUAACAAACAAACUGCGCACUUUAUACCAUGAAAUCUUGACUGGACCCAUUGUAAUAUAUCAAAAGGACACAAGAAAAGCUCUUUCAAGUAGACCGACAAAACUAAUCGUGUAAUCUUAAAUGCGAACGCAAGGAAGAAAAACGUCUUCGCCGCUGGGGGUUUCGGGUUGGUUUUCACUGUAGAACGACAUGUCAGCAUAUCAAACAAGCGAUCCUGAUUCGGCUUUUGCUAACAUUGCAAUACAUUAAACACACGCAUUUACUUAAAAACGCCCAUGAAUGAGAAACACUAGAAGUGGUAUUGAGACUAUUUGUUAUUGGGGGGAUAGUACCUUGAUGUAAGAAAGUCGUACAACAGCUUAAGAUGAUCAAAUACAAAUUCUCAUUUCUUCUUUUCUGCUUAUUCGUUAUGAGCAGGCGUGACCUUUUUAGUAGUCUGAGCUCAUUGUUCAAUGCAUCUAAAAAUAAACUUUAAAAAUCUCACAGAAGCAUCAGCAUUAACGCGAACCAUAGGGUGAAAACAAUCGCGGUAACGACUUGUGAAGCGAAUUUGUUUUACUGGGAAUAAUAGAAUUCAAAAAGACAUUAACAACGUAAAAGCCCCACACAACUGAUAAAAUGGGUGACGGAUUUAAUCCAGAUGAGCCAGAACACGCUAAAUACUGCGAGGUAAUCCAAAUAGGAAUCGAAGAUACCACAGCAGAGGUGACGAUAUUCUAUACCCCAGAAAGAGGUUAGUUUCAUCGUAUUUUAAUGUUCCUUACGUUAACCAGCCAAUAAAUUGUAGUUUCUUUUACCUUGUAGAAUUUCAGGUCUCUAAUGGACAUGUCUCUGAAAACAAAGAUGGGAGAAACUUUGGCAGGCAGUAUCGCAUGCUAAAAAUAGUUACAUCUAAGGCGAACGUUAUUGAAAUCAGACGAUAUGACAAUGGAGGUAGGUAUUUAUAAAGUUCAUAGGAACACAGAGGCAUAAAAGGAAAUAUUCCAAAUUUAAAAAUUGCAGCCUCAAUUUAAGUGGUCACACAUAUUUACUUAUAUACUGAUAUUUUAUGAAAACUCCACAUAUUUUUUUUUCUUUAAAGAAUACUUUGUUGAUGCCCAAGGGAAAAACUUUAACUUCGACGGAAGGAAAGUGAAGGUUUAGGGAAGGUAUGAAAAUUUGCUUUGUUUGCAUUUUUGCUGUACUCGCAAUCGUCGUAAACUAUAAUUUCAUCAGACCGAAUCAAAUUCUAUUUGCAUUUGUAUUUAAUAUAAGAGACUACGCGCGUCACAGGUCUUCUUCAAUAAAACUACAGUCCUUGGUUCUCUUUCCAGUUUUCUGAUUAUUAAUCAUACUUUUUUCUAUUUUCCCCCAGAAUUUCAAGUCUUUGACGCAAGACGGAGGGAAGAG